AUGUGCACUGUAUUUUCAGACAUCAUUACUCCCAUCUUCACAGUAACAUCUGUGAACCCUCCCCGUCUCUUCCUCAGAGUCCAGCUCAUGCAGUAUGUGAUAUACGGCAUCGCCUCCUUCUUCUUCUUGUAUGGCAUCAUUCUUCUGGCCGAGGGGUUUUACACCAGCAGCGCCGUCAAAGAGCUCCACAGCGACUUCAAGACCACCGUCUGCGGACGCUGCAUCAGCGGCAUGUUCGUGUUCCUGACCUACAUCCUGGGAAUCGCCUGGCUCGGGGUUUUCGGCUUCUCAGCGGUUCCUGUGUUCCUCUUCUACAACAUGAGGUCGACCUGCGCUGCCAUGAGCUCGCCGCUGACCAACCUGACCUCCGUCGACAGCAUCUGUGUGGAUGUGCGGCAGUACGGUCUUAUUCCAUGGAAGGCAACACCAGGCAGAGCUUGUGGCUCAACGCUGAGUGAUAUCUGCAACACCAGCGAGUUCUAUCUGUCGUAUCAUCUGUUCAUCGUGGCCUGUGCUGGAGCCGGAGCCACAGUCAUUGCUCUGAUCCAUUACCUAAUGAUCCUCUCUGCAAACUGGGCCUACCUCAAGGACGCCAGUCACUCGCUCGUGUACCAAGACAUCAGACUGAAGGAGGAGCGGGAGCUGCAGGACAUCCAGUCCGCAGCUCCAAGAGUGCUCAAUCCUACUCGUAAGGCGGGUUAACGCUGCCAAC